AUGGUGACGCAAUCUCUUGUCGACUUCUACUCGGCAUACAAGAACCAAAAAGCCGACAUCGAAGACAUUAUUAAGCGGCUCGAUAAGCUCUGUGGGGUAUUAGAGACCUUCCGUAGUCUUACUGAUCGCAAAUUUCGCAACGAUGAGAAGAACGUGCUGAAGAACAUCGAAAACUCAGUCGAAGACUACGAAGAAUUCAUCAACGAGCUCCGAGAAGAAGCUCAGAAGCUUACCAGGAAGCCUGCAGAUACCAUUUCUGCCAAAGCUAGGACCGUUGCGCGGAAGGCUGCGUAUCCUUUCCGCCAGAGCACACUGCGAAAGCUAGAGGAAAGCAUCGACGAGGCCGUUUCCCAUUUGUCUUUGGCACUGCAGACGCUCCAGCAGAAGAGUAUUGACAACAUCCAAAAUGACCUCGAGGACACAUAG